AUGUUUUUGCUGAAAGCGAUAUCUCAAAAAUUAGGGAACAAUUUGAGGCAGGAGGUACCGAGGUGCUGCCGAAUGCUGCAUAUUAAUGUCAAACCACUCGGCCAGUCGAAAUGCAAGGGAGAAGACACUAAGUAUCCUAUGAUCGACCACUGCUACGACUGCGUUAUCGUGGGGGCUGGAGGCGCCGGUCUCCGAGCGGCUUUCGGUCUUGGGAGUAAAGGCUAUCGCGUUGCCGUUGUGACGAAGCUUUUUCCAACGCGGUCGCACACGGUGGCAGCCCAGGGGGGGAUAAACGCUGCUAUCAGCAAUGCUGAAGCCGAUAACUGGUUAUUCCACAUGUACGACACCGUCAAGGGAUCGGACUGGCUCGGCGAUCAGGAUGCAAUUCACUAUUUGACGCGUGAAGCCCCGAAAGCUGUUUUUGAAUUGGAAAAUUAUGGCUGCCCAUUCAGCCGCACAGACGACGGAAAAAUCUACCAAAGAGCAUUCGGAGGGCAGUCGUUGGACUUUGGUAACGGCGGACAGGCUCACCGGACGUGUGCAGUGUCCGAUAGAACGGGACACGCACUCCUGCACACUCUCUACGGCCAGAGUCUGAAAUACGAUGUCCACUACUUCGUCGAAUAUUUCGCGCUCGAUCUCCUCAUGCAGGGGAGUCAGUGCAGGGGUGUUCUAGCUUGGGAACUCGAGACGGGAUUGAUGCAUCGCUUCAGGGCCCAUCAUACGGUCCUGGCAACUGGUGGUGCUGGCAGAUGCUUCUUCUCGUGCACUGGUGCCCACGCCUGCACUGGCGACGGUGCGGCACUGGCCUCCAGAGCGGGAUUACCCCUUCAGGACAUGGAAUUCAUUCAAUUUCAUCCAACGGGAAUUUAUGGCAGCGGAGUUCUGAUAACGGAAGGAAGCAGAGGCGAAGGGGGAAGACUGAUAAACUCCGAGGGCGAAUUUUUCAUGGAGAGAUACGCCCCCAAUGCCAAAGAUCUCGCCUCUAGAGACGUUGUUUCGCGGGCUAUUACUCUCGAGAUUUUGGAGGGAAGAGGAGUCGGCGAGAAGAAAGACCACAUGUACCUGCAGCUCCACCACCUCCCAGCGGAGACGAUUCGAUCGCGAUUGCCGGGAAUUUCGCAUCUCGCGUGGGUUUUCGCGGGGGUCAACUGCGAGAAGGAACCUAUUCCCAUUAUCCCCACAGUUCAUUAUAACAUGGGUGGAAUACCGACAAACUGGCGGGGCCAAGUGGUGACUCGUAAGAACGAGGAGGAUUGCCCGGUCGAGGGCCUCUGGGCCGCAGGUGAAGCCGCCUGCACUUCGGUCCAUGGGGCCAACAGACUUGGGGCGAAUAGUCUUCUCGAGAUCGUGGUAUUUGGAAGGGCCGCUGCCGAACACAUCGGCGAGCGCAUUCUACCGAGAAUGAAACAUCCGGACAUCCCUCAGGAUCUGGGAGAGGAAACAAUGCAGCGAUUUGACGCGACCCGUUACGCUAAAGGUAAAACGGCUGUCGCAGAACUGCGAGAAGAAAUGCAGAGGACGAUGCAGCAGUUCUGUGGAGUCUUCAGGACUUGUGCAAUACUGCAGAGAGGGUGCAGGGAAAUGACGAGACUUUACACAUGCGUUUUACCCGACAUUAAGGUACAAGACGACUCUCUAAUCUGGAACACAGAGUUGGUGGAGGCAUUAGAGCUGCAGAACAUGAUGCUGUACAACAUGCACACGGUAUUCGCAGCUGAGAACCGAAAAGAAUCGCGCGGGGCGCACGCACGUGACGAUUACCCCGACCGAAUCGAUGAGUACGACUACAAAAAACCGAUCGAGGAGCAAGCCAGACGACCGCUGAUGGAGCACUGGAGGAAGCACACACUGACUUGGGCCCUGGAUGACGGCUCGAUGUGCAUUUCAUACCGUCCGGUUAUUGACACGACCCUCGACGAAGAAGAGGCGAAGCACGUGCCCCCAGCAAUACGCGCAUAUUAAUUAAUUGUCUUGUUCAAACGAGAUGCACUUCGAAUCAAUCAUAUUCAACUGGUCGAGGAGCGGAUAGCUAUGGAGUCAAUGCAAAUCGAAUCUGUCGUGACCCCCGGGGGUGCCUCAGUAUCAACUGAUUCACCUCUCAAUUAU